AAUGUAAAUAGAGCAACCACAGAUUAAAAAGUAAUAUGAAAAGGCUCAUGUUUCUUUACAUCACAAACAAAUUCCAUAUUUACCAUCCACUAUCACAGCUCUCUCAAAUAAUCAUAAUUAGCAAUUAUUAUUAGUUGGUAAAGAAAAUGGAGUGAUUGAUAUUUAUUGUUAUCCAACAUAUACUUAAAUUUCAAUCUGUUGUUCAAUUAAUAGUUAAAUUAGAUCACUUUUUUGGAUUGAUGAAGAAUGUAUAUAUAUAAAUAAUAUAUCUAGAUUUCAUAUGUGCAUAUUUAAGUGGUCAAAUUUCAUUAUUUAAUAUUCACGAUUAUAAACCUUUAAAUAAUUUUUAAUUACCAGAUAAUAUUAAUAUCUAUUAAUCAAUACCUACAUAUGAUUCUUAAUUUUUAUGUGCUUGUAGUGAUGGUUCAAUUAGAAAAUUUGAUUAUUAAAACAAUAAAAUAUAUCAAAUACAAUAAUCAUAAUAAUUAGAUUGUCAAUGUUUAUCUAUUGCUAUUAAUAAAGAAUAUGUUUAUGCAUCAUUCUCUAAUGGAUCUAUUAGAUAAUUAACUUAAAAGACAUUAUUACAAUAAUAAACAUGGUAACUCAAUAUAAGUAGUUCCAAAAUUGCUAAAGCCAAUGUAAUUAUUCCAUGGAAAUUAUGCAUUUGUAAUAAUAAUCUAUUUAUUGGAUCAUCAAAUGGUAGUGUAAUAAUUUAUGAAACUUAAUUUAAUACAGAAAUCUAAUAAAUACAAACACAUAUGUCAGAUAUUCUUACUUUAUAUUCAAAUCUAAAUAAUGUUUAUGUAAGUGGAGUAGAUAGUAAAAUUGUUUGUUUAUCAUAUAAUGGAUCAUAAUAUCAAAUUACAUAAUAAUUAAGAGGAUAAUCUCAUGAUGUUUAUGCUUUUGAAAUCAUUAAGAAUAACAUCCUAAUAUCUGGAGGUUUGAAUACUGAUAUUUGUUAUUAUAAAUUAGAUGUUAAUGGUUAACUUCUUUAAUAAAAUUAAUUUACACAUAUUUUUACAAUUCCUAGAAGUGAACAAUUUAUUUGUAAUCAUUAAUAUAUUGCAAUUAAUAAAUAUGAUUCUAUUGAUUUAUUAUCUUAUGAAAUUGAAUCUGAUCCUAUUUAUUGGUGUGAAUUUAAACUCUAGAAACCAGCUCAUUUUAUUAAAUUAACUAAAAAGUUAUUAUGUUAUGGUUAGAGUGAUUAAACUAUAAUUAUGAAUGAAGUAGAUAAAUAAUUUAAAAAAUAUAAAGUAUAUCCUCAUUUCAAAUCUAUGGAAUUUGAUCAUACUUAAAAUACAUUUUAUAGUAUUGAUAAAGAUGAUAAAUUAUUUAAACAUAAAUUUAAUGGAUAAUCUUAAUUUAUAGCUUAAUUAAUUCAUGGAUAACCAAAAUUAAUGAAAUUUGUUAAUAAAAAAAUAUUAAUUAUUACUUAUCCUCAUUUGUAAAAAUUCAUUUCUGUAAAUGUUAUUAAUAAUACAGUUGAAUAAAUAGAUUGUAGAUCUAAUCAAAAUUAUGUUACAAAUAUCUUAAUAAUCAAUGGUAAAUGUAUGAAAAUACUUGUUACUUAUGCAUCACAUAUAUUUGCAAUUUACAAUUAUGAUUUUAAAGAAUAAUUAUGGCAAAUGAAUUCUUAUUCUAAAGAACACAUGAUGCAUUCUCCACUUAAUGUUUCUCUCUUAAAAGAUCCAAUAAGAGGAGCUAUAACUGAUAAUGUGGAUAGUAAAAGAAUGUUAUUAUUUACUAAGUAAGAAUUAUUUAUUUAAUAUAUUUUAGUAAUCAUUUUAUUAGACUUCAUCAAAGAGGGAUACCACCAAAAGAAGUAAAGGAGUAAGAAUUCAAUAAAAUGUUAUAACCAGAAAAAAAAGAUUCUGGUUAAAAAUUGGAUAUCGUUGAAAAUUAUGCUUUAAUUUAUCAUAAUUAUGUGAUUUUGAAUUGCUUGAAUGUUAGUAAUGAAAAUUACAUUUUAUUGGAAUGGGAUAAACAAGCCACCUUCUCUUAGAUCCAAGGAGCCUUUGAUGGAAAAAAAUAUAAGCAUUGA